AUGUCUCCCAUAACCCGCACUCAGACCACCCAACUCCUGGGUUUGGUAGCGCACGCAGAUGCCACUGCUACCCUUUUGUGUACAAAAGCUUACAGAAACGCCGAGGGGAUUGGCUCCAAUGCAAAGCAGUCCUGGGACGCCGCGCUGGCCGAACAACGUAAAGUUCACGAUAUUUCUGAAAGGGUUAUGGCUGGCAGGAUGAGCUAUAAACAGGGGAAGUGGAAUAUCAUGAAGUGUUUGGUGGAGUUGGGUUUGUUGGAUGAUGUUAUUGAUGGGAUGGGCGAGGGAGAGGGAGAGGGGGGCGGUGGGUUUGUGGUGGGUAGCAGUUUUUCGGGUGUGGUUGAGGUUAGUUUGGUUGAAAGAGUUGCGGGACUUGCCAGGCGGCGCUAAGCUCUGCCCACCCGAACGUGCGCUAGGUAAGUGGGAUGGGGAGUUCAAUUCCCCGUUUGUUCUAUUGUUAGGCUACCUGGGUUUAGCUUCCGUGCUUGGUAUUCUUAGGAUGUCUAAGAAAUUGGGAUUCAGGGUCUUGCAGGACUGGAAAAAACUGCUAGCAUCUAGAUAG